CUCUCCCGCCAGUUUAAGCACUCCCCGCCAUCACCCCACCUCGAUAGUCCAUUGUUCAUGAACUCGACGACUUGAAAGCACCGCAGCUCACUACCAUCUUGCAGCCGGUUGGUAGUUUAUUUACAAUGGCUCUCGAUGGAGCAGCCUCUGUUAGGGUCCUUGAGACCCUGCAGACCUCUCAGAGACAUUCCUUCGUGGAGCCCAGCAAAAAGAUCCACGAAGGCCAGGACGUCUCGACAUUCCUAACCACCAAAGCUUACACUGACACGAUGACGUUCCUUUUGCAAUUGAAUAGAUCGAUGUUUCCUUCGAAACUGCCCGAUGGCACGGUACAGACGUGGCCACUCAAUUCAGACGCAGUGGAGUUCUCAGAACCCGUCCGACGGCUGCAGUUACUUUUGGAAAAGCUCGAGGAAAUCCUCCAGGAAACUCCUCCGGACAAAGGACCCAGACGGUUCGGAAAUAUCAGUUUUAGGAAAUGGUAUCAGGUCGUGGAGAGUCGAGCUUCGGAUCUUCUGGACGAGUGCUUAUGGCCGGAAGUACUACGGCCAGAAAACACUGAACCCGACUCUCCAUCAGCUAAAGUUGAGUUGAUACCUUACUUCCUGGGAAGUUUCGGAAGCCCGCAAAGACUUGACUAUGGAAGUGGACAUGAAUUGAGCUUCCUGGCUUUCUUGGCCUGUAUAUGGAAGCUCAACGGGUUCCCCAAAGCAAGCCAGGGAGUCGAGGAAAGAGGCAUCGUCCUUGGAGUGAUAGAACCGUACCUUCAACUUGUUCGAACGAUUAUAAAGACUUAUACACUCGAGCCAGCAGGAUCCCACGGUGUAUGGGGUCUGGAUGACCAUUCCUUUAUUCCCUACAUUUUUGGUUCAGCGCAGCUUUCCCCUGCCAUAACAGAGACCGAUCAGACUCCAGUGGAAGGAUCAUUACCUGAUGCCCCGGAUCCUUCUGGAGUCGCAAAGGCCGCUGUCGUCGAGAGAGAGAGAAAGACUAACAUGUAUUUUUCUGCCAUCGGGUUCAUAUAUGAUGUCAAGAGAGGACCAUUUUGGGAGCACAGUCCUAUGCUAUAUGAUAUCUCCGGUAUCAAGGCGGGAUGGGCUAAAAUUAACAAAGGCAUGAUCAAGAUGUAUAACGCGGAAGUUCUUUCCAAAUUUCCCGUGGUACAGCACUUCCCCUUCGGUUCACUCUUGAGCUGGGAAAAGGAUCCCAAUGCUCCCCCUCCUCCAUCAACGGUGCACGCUACAUCGGGACCUCAAGCUCGCCCUGCAGAAGGCACGCUAGCUCAGGCUCCGGGGACUUCCACUGAUUACGGCGCCAGGGCGCCUUGGGCUUCGCAAUCUACAGGACCGAUCGGAGCCACGGCUGCGCCCUGGGCGGCUUCCAGAGGGCCAGCAUCUGUUCCGGCCGCUGGCACAGGUCCGAUUCUUCCAGACACAUCCCGGAUGCCACCCGGACCGAUGGCGCCUACACGAGCUCCAUGGGCUCGAGACCAGCCUCCAGCCAACUCCCGUGAUGAUCCGGGUGAUAUGCCAACGAGAGCUCCGUGGGCUAAGUCUUGAUCUAUUCUUCUCAACAAUAUAGGCAACAGUAAUGUCUACAUGAAUUUUCUAUAAUGUACAUAGCCCAAAUGACCUGUCCAUGUGAAACGCCACUUCUAUUGGUGUAGACACCGCAUAGAUGACUGUUGGCAUAUCCAAAGGAGGGUAUCUGAU